UCUUUCUUUCUUUUUGUACGUCGGAAAUCCUUCUUUCUUUCCUUUUGGUCAAGACAUUCGAAAACGAAAUUCCAGUAAAUUCGAAAGUGCGAGAAAACACAACCGAGCCUCGACGGUGACCAUUGCACUCUGAAAGUAGAUAACGAAUUCCGAAAGAAGCCCUAGUUUUUUUUUGAGAGAAACGAUGGAUAAACCAUCCGCACGCUCCUCCGACGGCUCCCGAGAGAUUCAGUGCGUGGGAAGACUAGAAAUCGUCAAGCCCACACCCGUUUGCUUCCUCUGUGGUUCAAUUCCUGUCCCCACUGUCACUGACAAAUCUUUCCAUCCUUUUAAAUCUGCUCUCGUCCCCUCUGCCCAAACUGUUACAGCUCCAAGGUAUAGGGUGCUUCCAAAUGAGACUGAUCUCAACUCACCUCCACUUCUUUCAAGCAUCCCGGAAAAGGUUCUUCCAAUUGCAGUGGCAAAGUCAAGGACCAGUGGAGAUUUACCUUGGGAAAGUAGUGCUAUCAAAUCAAAUCUUAUUAAGAAAGGUGAAGCCCUUGCUGUAUCUGGCUUUGUGGAGUAUGGAGAUGAGAUUGAUAUCAUUGCCCCAGCUGACAUUCUGAAACAAAUUUUUAAGAUACCAUAUUCAAAGGCUCGAUUGUCAGUUGCAGUUCAUCGUAUUGGACAGACUCUAGUUCUGAAUACUGGGCCUGAUGUUGAAGAGGGAGAAAAAAUGGUUAGAAGACAUAAUAACCAGUCGAAAUGUGCGGAUCAAUCUCUGUUUUUGAAUUUCGCUAUGCAUUCAGUUAGAAUGGAGGCCUGUGACUGUCCACCUGGUCAAUUUGAAUCUAGGGAUGCAUCAGUUGAAUCUGCUAAACAUCCGGUGCAAGGGCGUGGGUCCCGGUCUUUUAGGCAAAGUGAUGGCAUUGCUCAAGAGGAAGUAUUUAGUCCAGAGUGCCCACAGGUCAAAACAGACAACAUCUUCUGGGGAAGUAAGAAUUAUAAGAAACACAAAGGUCGUCAUGCUGUCAAAAAGGCUUCUGAUCAAGUUAAAGAGAAGUCUAGAUGCUCAAUGCAAGAGUCUGACAAGUACAGAAGACUUGGUAAUGAGGGGUUUUUGAGGGUUUUGUUUUGGCAAUUUCACAACUUCCGCAUGCUCUUGGGAAGUGACUUGCUUUUAUUCAGCAACGAGAAAUAUGCUGCGGUGAGCUUGCAUUUAUGGGAUGUAUCACGACAGGUUACUUCAUUGACUUGGCUUGAAGCCUGGCUUGAUAAUGUCAUGGCUAGUGUGCCAGAAUUGGCUAUCUGUUAUCAUGAAGGUGGUGUCGUUCAGGGUUAUGAGCUUUUAAAGACAGAUGAUAUAUUUCUUUUAAAGGGCAUAUCUGAGGAUGGGACCCCUGCUUUUUAUCCUCAUGUUGUCCAACAAAAUGGGCUUUCUGUUUUGAGGUUUCUUCAGGAAAACUGCAAGCAAGAUCCUGGUGCUUAUUGGCUAUACAAAAGUGCUGGAGAAGAUGCCAUUCAACUUUUUGAUUUGUCUGUUAUUCCCAAGACCCAUUCCUCCAAUGAUUGUGAUGAUAGCUCAACCUCGCUGACGUCUCGACUGCAUAAUGGGAGAAGUGAUUCGUUGCUCUCCUUGGGAACUCUCCUGUACCGUAUUGCUCACAGGCUUUCACUUUCAAUGUCUCCUAAUAACAGGGCUAGGUGUGCGAGGUUCUUCAAAAAAUGUCUCGAUUUAUUGGAUGAACCAGAUCAUCUGGUUGUACGUGCAAUUGCUCAUGAACAAUUUGCAAGGUUUCUUCUAACUUAUGAUGAGGAGCUGGAUUUAACACCUGAAGCGCUUCCUGUAGAUUCUGGAGUUAUAGUUUUUGAUUCUGAAGAAGAAUCGUUUGACCUUUUUAAUAGCAAUUCGAAAUCUAUUGUCCGUGACAUGGUCUAUGCUCCACUUGUGGAAGAUGAAACUAGUACAGAAAGUGAAACUUGUCAAGAUUCCCAACCAGAAGCCUCUUUGAAAGUGAUUUUUGAGGAAGAUAUAUCUGGUUCUGACCAAUUAGUUGCAUCAAGUGAGUUGGAAUUCGGAGACCCUGGAGCUAAGCCAAGUUCAGAUGAUGGGAACUCUGAAGUUUGUGAUAUGUCUAAAUCUUUAGAUCAUAUGUUUCAAACUAUUGUUGAUCCAAUCUCCUCAAAGUUAGCUGCAAUCCAUCAUGUUUCUCAAGCCAUUAAGUCACUUAGAUGGAAACGUCAACUACAAAGCAUUGAAUCAGACGAUGACAUUAGAACUCAGGAUAGUUUGCCUCGAUCCAUUGAUUUCUCUGUUUGUGCAUGUGGUGAUGUUGACUGUAUUGAAGUUUGCGACAUAAGGGAGUGGCUUCCAACGUCGAAGUUGGACGAUAAAUUGUGGAAACUCGUUCUUUUGCUUGGAGAAUCCUAUUUGGCCCUUGGACAAGCUUACAAAGAUAAUUGUCAAUUGCAUCAGGCUUUGAAAGUUGUAGAAUUAGCAUCAUUGGUGUAUGGUUCUAUGCCACAGUAUCUUGAAGAGACUAGGUUUAUUUCAUCAAUGGUUUGUGGCUUGCCACAGCAUAUGGAUAUCAGUGAUAGGAAAGGUAAGAUUGGUCCCAUUGUAGGUGAUCCAAAAAAAGUAAUCUCUGGUUCUAGUGAUGAUUUUCCUACGUCCGAGCGGUUCUCUUCAACUUAUCUCUUUUGGGCUAAGGCAUGGACACUAGUUGGUGAUGUGUAUGUUGAGUUCCACAUGGUAAAGGGUAAAGAGGUCAAUUUGGAAGCAGAGGGAAAACCUUUCAUGAGAGAGUUGAGAAUGUCGUCUGAAGUUUUAAAGGAGGUCAAAAGGCUAAAGAAAAAGCUGGGACAGUUUAACCAAAACUGCACUUCGUGUCUGUUGGUAAACUGUAGCUGUCAGAGCGAUAGGGCCAGCAGUGGAAGCAGUGCAAGUAGUAGCAGAGGUGACAUACGCCCAUUAUCUUAUGGCAGAAAGCAAAAUAGAAGAACUAAUGUUAAGAAUGGCCCCUACUCACUUUCAGGAAUUCCCGAAGAUGAUCAUAUUCCUCAUAAAGUAGUAAUAAGUGGAAAGAGUGCUGAAAGUGGAUUCCUGAAGCACAGUAUAACUAGUGAUAUCGUAAAAGAAGCUUCUACUAUAAUGGCAGACGUGUGGGGCAACGCUAAAAGAGUUGAUGAAACUGAAGCUGCAUCAAGUGAAACAACUGAUGUGAAAAAUGGUGGGAUAUUCAAAUAUCUUGUGGAUCCUGUAAUUGGAGAUGUGGAAUACAAUCUUUCAGUUGCUCUAAGCUGCUAUGAGGAAGCCAGAAAAGCUUUGGGUGGAGAUCCUCGUGGUUCAGUGGAAAUACAGUCCAUUCUGAAGAAGAAAGGAUGGGUUUGCAAUGAAAUGGGCAGAAAGAGACUCGAAAGAAAAGAAUUGGACAAUGCUGAACUAGCAUUUUCAGAUGCCAUUAACUCAUUCAGAGAAGUCUCUGAUCAUACUAACAUUAUAUUAAUUUACUGUAACAUGGGCCACGGUAGACGAGCAUUGGCUGAGGAAACCGUGUCAAAGAUGGAAGCUCUUAGAAAACAUGGUAUCUUUCGCGAUGCAUGCAACCAAGCACUUGAGACUACAAAAAUGGAAUACAGGGAAUCCCUUAGGUAUUAUGGGGCAGCGAAAAUGGAACUUAAUGCCGUUUUGGAAGAAGCAGAUCCUGUGUCAAGCAGCUUGAAGGAUGAAGUAUGUACGCAGUUUGCUCAUACAUAUCUAAGACUUGGCAUGCUUUUGGCAAGAGAGGAUACGACUGCAGAGGUCUAUGAAAAUGGAGCUUUGGAAACUUUUUUGGGUUCUGGUUUCAGAAGAGCUAAGAAAGAAUUUAGAAAGCAUGAGGUUUCAGCCAAUGAUGCCAUUACGGAGGCGUUAUUUGGGUAUGAGUCCCUAGGUGAGUUGCGUAAACAGGAGGCUGCAUAUGCAUAUUUUCAGCUCGCUUGUUACCAAAGGGAUUGCUGUUUGAAGUUUCUGAAAUCAGACCAGAAGAAAAGCAAUCUGUCAAGAGGGGAAAACAGCCUUCUCCAAAGGGUGAAGCAGUAUGCUUCGUUGGCUGAGAGGAACUGGCAAAAGUCUAUGGACUUCUACAAGCUGGAGACGCAUGCAGUGAUGUAUCUAACUAUAUUACUAGAAAGAUCUGCUCUUUCCAUUAGCCUCUCCGGUUACUUUCACUCAAUUGCGAUGUUGGAAUCAGCUCUCACUCUCCUCCUUGAAGGACGCCAUAUAUCUGAACUAGCGAUUUCAAAUGCCUUAAAAUGUGAAGUUUCGGUGUAUGCAAAAUUUUGGAGUCAGCUGCAGAUGCUUCUGAAGCGGAUGUUGGCGAUGACACUUCCGGCAAAUACAAAUAAAUCUUCUCUCAGUUCUCAGCAAGGUUUAUCCGGUAGGUCUGCAGAUGUGGGAAAGCUUAAGGAGCUUUAUAAGAUGUCUUUAAAGUCUAAAGAAUAUGAUCAGUUAAAUGCCAUGCAUCACUUGUGGACAUCAUAGUGAGAAUUGCACUCUUAACACUACUCGUACAGUUAUCUAGUCUUUACUGUUCUUUCGAAUAUUGUAACUGAGUUAAAUACGCAGUUCCUGUUUAAUUACCUUUUGAUUUGUAUUGCUACUAUAGUGUAAUAUCAACUAUAUAGGGCACUGAAGACAGAAGCAUGUGAAUCUUCGUGACUAAAUUGUUGAACUGAUGAAUGCUGGUAUCAGGGGAUUAGACAGGAUCUUUUUGAAUAGAGUAUUCUUGCACA